AUGCAGUCGGACGAUGUGAUCUGGACGAUCAUCGGGCACGAGUUCUGCUCGUACAAGAUCAAGUCCAAGACGCACUCUACAUUCUGUCGCAACGAGUACAAUCUGACCGGGCUGUGCAAUCGACAGUCGUGUCCGUUGGCCAACUCGCGCUAUGCGACAGUGCGCGAGCGCGAGGGCAUCGUCUAUCUGUACGUCAAGACGGCCGAACGUGCACACUCUCCCAAGCGUCAGUGGGAACGCAUCAAGCUGUCCAACAACUACUCGCGCGCUCUGGAGCAGAUCGACAAGGAACUCAUCUACUGGCCCAAGUUCAUCACGCACAAGGCCAAGCAACGUCUGACCAAGAUCACGCAGUACCUCAUCAAGCUUCGCCGCAUCAAGCUCAAGGAGGAGGAACAACCACAGCUCGUAUCGAUCAAGAAGAAGACAGAGCGUAGGGAGGACAGGAGAGAGUUCAAGGCGCUGAAGGCUGCAAGGCUGGAAAAGUCGAUCGAAAAGGAGCUGCUGGAGCGUCUCAAGUCCGGUGCGUAUGGUGAUGCACCACUCAACGUCAACGAGGACGUUUGGAUGCAGGUGCUCGAGAACCGAAACAAGGAAAACAAGGAUCUCGACCUCGAAGACGAAGAGUCCGACGAGGAACUCGAAGAGGACCUCGAAGAGAUGGACCGUAUGAUGGAGGAGGAGUUCGAGGACGAGGAGGGUGUGGGUGACCGCGAGUUCGUGUCCGACGACGAUGAGGAUGACGACGAAGAUGACCUCGAGGACCUGUACGAUACGGACGGCAACACCAUUGCUUCCGACUCGGAUGCCGAUGACGAUGACGACAGCGACGAUGACCAACCCAGCUCUGGCAAGAAGCCCAAGGGCCCCAGCACAGCCCCCACCAAGAAGGGCAAAAAGCCCCCGCGCGCAGGAAAGAAGGGCCCCCAGAUCGAAAUCGAGUACGAACACGAAACCGAACCCCUCACCAAAGAAGCCCUCGCCAACUGGUAA